AUGAAGCUGGAGCUCUGGCGUCUCUUUCGGGAAGACGUUCGAGAUUUGUUUGAGCUGACCACAUCCAAUAUGAACACCUACAUGGUAGUCGGCUCUUUGCUGGUCACCUGCAUCAUCGGGUUCAUCUUCGUGGGAUAUUCAGAAUUUCCGAUGGAACCACCUUGGCUGCUGCUGAUCUGGAAUAACAGUGUCUUCUCGUCCAUCACCUUCGGCAUCACCAGCGUCUGGCUCGCCACGCACGGCUCAAGCUCUUCGAACUCUGCGGCGACGAAGAUUUUGACACAGGCAGUGCGUCCGCCCGUGCCCACGCUUGAUGAUGUUCGCUCGGCCAUGAGACAGCAGGAGCACUACGAGGGAAGCGGCGCAAAGAACUUCUUCAUGCCCCCUGCGAUCGUGCCUGGAGCAAAGAUCGGCGGCCUUCAGGAGGAUAGCAGCUUCAAGGCCGCCACCACUACAAGCAACAACAACGCGAAGCGAGAGGAGAUCAUGGCAGAGGCAACGCAAGGGCAGAGCAGCAAACGCUUUUCCCUUCCCAAACCUUCUCAAGCUGAUGCCAACGAGACCUUCGCUAAGGAGCUGAACUCAACAGCUUCGAAACGAAGUGCGUUCGCGAAGAAGUCCGGAACCAUGGCGACCAUGGCGGACAUCACCACGGCUGAAGGUAAGAGAAGACUGUCCAUCGACCGCUCCGACAUCAAAAAGGCAUUGGACCAGGACAAGGAGGCUGGCUCUGCUCAGCAGUAUCUGGAAGAUGGUGUCCACGCGACGGAUGACAUCAGCCAACGCCUCGCCACAGCAGACGGACCACCGGGGAAGAGUGCCGCUCACUAUUCGCACUUCUGGAUGCUCCGCAAGGUGCAGCGAGGCUAUGCAUGCUUCGACGCCUAUGCCCGCAUCAGCCUGACCGUCUCCGCGCAGCAGAUGAUGCUCGUCGGUGCCUACUAUGCCAUCGGCCUCUUUAUGACGAAGACAGAGGGUUGGCCGGCGCCCACGCAGAACUCGGCCACAGGAUGGCUCUCCUCCGCCACAGCCGCGUUUGCCGGCUGCAUCCUCUACAAGCUGGACCUCUUUGUCGUCAAGUCGAAGAGGAGGAUGGUGGACACCGCCAUCUUUCUGGCGCCCCUGGUCCUGACCUUGGCAGUACACCUGGCUGUCAUUCGAGACGACAACGGGCGAAUGGGCGUGCGACCUUGUGACCAGGCGAUCCCAGCAUGGCUACCCUGGAACUUGGCUCUCUUAGCCUGCGCCCUGCACUUGGGAUGGAUCGUGAUCAUCAUGCACAUGUCCUCGCCCUUGAAGUCCAAAGCAGGACUGCCGAUGUCCUACCGCUCCAGCAUCUACUUGGACGUCUUCGGAUGGCACAGCAAACGCUUCCGAAAGACGGCAAUUACAGCGGCCAGCCUGCCCACCGUGCAGGGCACGGCCAACAUGAGUCCAGACCGCUGUGCUGCGGCUGCCUUCAAAGAGGCGAAGCGCAUCUCGAGAGUUCUGCGCAAGUUCGGAGCACCGGAGGUGGCCAGCCAUCUUUCAGCAGAGGAGGCGGAAGAUCUGCAUAAGAUGCAGCUCAUCUUGGAAGAGGACGUGAAAGAGUUGGAAGACCACUUGCAGCUGCCUGAGUAUCAGGCCGAGGAGCAGCAUGAAGCUUUUCAAGAUAGCUCUUGGCUCCAGUGCUGGUGCGAGGACGGCAAGGGCCACGCUGUGCUGUACUGGGUGGACGCUCACUCUGGUCAAGUCACCUUCAGGCAGCCUGCCAGUGGUGAGAUCAUCGACCUCGCUCGGCUGAGCGCGACUAUUCAGGACAUCCAGCAGCGAAUCGAUCAUUCUCCGAAGCAUGCGGAUGAGGCCAUCGUCGCUGCCGAGGCUUUGCCUUUUGAGCUUAUGCCAGAGACGCCCGAUUCGGAAGAGAGCACGAAGAAUUUGCUCCUCGCCGUGGAAGUGCAUCCAACGUUCAUGCCAGAUGCAGAUCUUGCUGUGCCUUCGCUCAACUCAGCUCUGUCCUUGGUACUGGCCACAUGGGGCAUUCCGCCCAUCUGCCUUGAGCUGUAA